UAUCCUGGGUCGUGGUGGUGGCGGCGGUGGUGGAAAACUUUACAUGUAGACUAGAAAAGAAGUUAAGACACAGACAAUUCCUAUCAACUCGCGACAAUCCUAAUAAAUGUAUCUAACUCCAGCAAUUUGCACUAAAAUCUACAGAAAAUUGGUUUUCUUUCUUUAGUCUCCACUCGCCCUUCUGAAAAUGGAUUCCAGAUAUAUUUUGGAGAAGCCGUCGGUUGGGACAAGGGUCGCUGUCGGUGGAGCGGAUUUUAACUGCCGGGCAGGCCGCUCCUUGCUCCGAGACACCCGGGUCCCCACGGUGGAAAAAAGCGGCCCCAUGCCGGCUUACACAAAUGGGCCCGUCCUUUACAAAUUUGUGAUGGACGUCGGCUCAGCGACCGAGGUGAAAAGCGAAAAAACCUCUCCAAAAGGGAACGGACUGUCUCCGGGUGGUCGAAUAUUGCACGACAUGGAAAAAUCUGGCCUGGGGGACCAAAAAGACACAGGUUCCACUGGGAUCCUGAAGAGGACCAGUCCCACUCACUGUCCAGGCAUAAAUGGGCAGUUGCCAGGCGGCUUCAUGCAUUUAGACAUCAGCAACCCAGGGAAACAGGCAGAGCUGGCCAGCAGCUUCAAGGCAGUGCAAGUGCAGAACAUACCACCGACAGAAAGGCAGCCCCUCCCCUCCUCCCACAUCCCUGUCCCCAGAAACAGGAAGCCCUCAGGUCAUGCUGAUAAGGAGGUGAUGGCUGCCACCGUCCUGACCUCACUGUCCACAUCCCCUUUGGUGCUCUACCCUUCCUCUGUAUCCACAGUCCCAGAGCCAGCCAGCAGGACUUUUAAAGAGGUGCUGUCAGCAAGCUACAGCAGUUCCACCAGUGGCAACUGGAGCUGGGAUGCCAGCGACCAAUCGGUGCCCUCCACACCAUCCCCACCUCUCUCCAACGAUACCAACAAGAACUUCCUGCUCUCGUCCCAGGGUGAUGAUGUCAGUGAGGAUGUCACAGAGAGCACGCACUUCAUGUUUGAGGACCCCAUACCUCGGAAGCGAAAGAACUCCAUGAAGGUGAUGUUCAAGUGCUUGUGGAAGAACUGUGAAAAGGUCCUCAGCACCUCCUCAGGGAUCCAGCGACACAUCCGCACCGUCCACCUGGGGCGAAACAGCGACUCGGACUACAGUGAUGGAGAGGAGGACUUUUACUACUCAGAGAUUGAGGUCAACAUGGACAGCCUAACUGAGGGCUUGUCCAGCCUCACACCCACCUCGCCAACCACAGCUGGUCCUCCACCUGUCUUCCCGCCACCACUCACCGAUGUCCCUCACUCCGAACACAUCAACAUGAAUGGUUCGCAGAGCCACGCCCCGACACUGCUCAGUCAGUCAGCUCCUUCCACACUCUGCCACAUCCGCACUGACCACGCCUACCAGGCCACUGCUCCAGUGAGUAUCCCAGUGGGUCCUGAGCUGGCAGGGUUAGGCAGUGGUAAUGGGACCGGGCCUGGAACUGGGACUGAGAAUGGCAUCAGUGUGUCGUGGCAGUCCCCUCCUGUCAUUUUCAAAGGCGUCCCGGGGCCUGUGACUCAUGUCCGAACAGUCAGCAUCGGUGAAAAGCGGCAGCCGGCAGCCAACACACACACCACUGUUAACAAGAACCAUGCUUUAGUAACGCCACCAGCUAAGUCAAUACCAGGAACCAGGAAACCCCGUGGGGAGGCGAAGAAGUGCCGAAAGGUGUACGGCAUGGAGAAGAGAGACAUGUGGUGCACAGCCUGUCGCUGGAAAAAAGCCUGUCAGAGAUUCACCGACUAAUCCAGUCCCCUUCCCGUGUCUGUGAGGUGAGCUCUUCCUCACUCAGAGCGACAGCGAGGUGGACUCGUCCACUGAGGAGACGAGGGGAGAUUUCUUCAUGAUGGAGCUCUCAGUGCUGCUUCCUCCAGCCCAGUGGGGGUUUCGCCUUCUCUCUUUUCCGUUUCCAAACAAAGAGAAAAUAAAACUGGUGGGUAAAAACAAACAAAAAAAAAAAAAAAAUCAGAAAGAAAAAACAACUU